CCACGUUCCCAAAAUACCAAAGAUACAAACAAAACACAUAUUCUCAAUCUUCUCACUCUCUGUAGCGUUGGGCGGCUUUCUCCAUUUCCCCUUCUCUCCCAAAAGACUUUUGACAGACUUUCGCGUUGUGUGUUGAUCCUCCCUAAGGCUUUUAACACACACAGUCACAUGUUCCAUUCCUCGAGCUUGUUGGUUUGAGUGUCAUUAACUUCCUCGGGAGGGAUCGGUAAAGAUGGUCCGCGCGCUAGAGCAAGAGCAGGAGAGUUACAGGUCGAGGCUGUUCCAUUUCAAAGGGAUGCACGAUGCACCGGGACGCCACGUGAAGAGCAUCAGCGUCGACCAGGGUGCCAGCGGGGGGGAUUACCUGGUUGACGACACCAUAAUCUCUAGGAGCCAGGGGUCGAAGCCCCUGAACGAGCAUGCCUUGGACAAUCAACAAAUCGGGUGGUCGCUCCAUCGGACGAAUAACGGUAAGGGCCCCAAGUCCCGUCUGUCCAAGGAAGAAACCAAGGACAAGCAACCUUCAGAUAUGGAGCUUAUGAAGGAAAGAUUUGCCAAGUUGCUCCUGGGCGAAGAUAUGUCCGGUGGUGGGAAAGGAGUUUCUUCAGCUCUGGCACUAUCGAAUGCAAUUACGAACCUUGCAGCUUCUGUCUUUGGUGAACAAAAACGCCUCGAGCCGAUGCAGCCUGAGAGGAGAGCGAGGUGGAGAAAAGAAAUCGAUUGGCUCUUAUCAGUCACUGAUCACAUUGUCGAGUUUGUCCCAGCGCAGCAAAAAACUAACGGCGUGAACAUGGAGAUCAUGACGACGAAGCAACGGACUGAUCUCCAGAUGGACAUUCCUGCCUUGCGCAAGCUUGACGCAAUGCUAAUUGAUUGUUUGGAUAACUUUAAGGAUCAGAAUGAGUUCUAUUAUGUCUCAAAAGAUGAUGAUGAGCCUGACAAGAAGAGGAAAGACGAUAAGUGGUGGCUGCCCACAGUUAAAGUCCCUCCUGAGGGGCUAUCCGAGAUGACAAGGAAAUGGCUUCAGUUUCAGAAGGAUUCCGUGAACCAAGUUCUCAAAGCAGCCAUGGCUAUAAACGCUCAGGUUUUAUCGGAAAUGGAGAUUCCUGAAAACUACAUCGAAUCUCUACCUAAGAAUGGGAGAGCGAGUCUUGGAGACUCGAUCUACAGACACAUAACAGUUGAGUACUUUGAUCCUGAGCAAUUUCUCUCCACCAUGGACAUGUCAUCCGAACACAAGAUCCUGGACCUCAAGAACAGGAUCGAGGCCUCAAUCGUGAUCUGGAAGAGAAAGAUGAACAACAAGGAUGGGAAAUCAUCUUGGGGCUCAGCAAUAAGCAUGGAGAAAAGAGAGCUCUUCGAGGAAAGAGCUGAGACAAUACUGCUCCUCAUCAAGCAACGAUUCCCAGGCAUCCCUCAAUCUGCUCUCGACAUCAGCAAAAUUCAAUACAAUCGGGAUGUAGGACAAGCUAUUCUGGAGAGCUACUCAAGGAUAUUGGAAAGCUUAGCGUACACUGUCAUGUCGAGAAUAGAAGAUGUUCUCCACGCAGAUUACUUUGCACGAAAACCAUCUCAUGCGCCAAGCAAGAGGAACCAGCUAAGAGGUUCUUCACCAACCAUGGAGGCAGAGAAACUCUCAUAUUAUCAAGAAGAGGCAGAGAAGGUGCACUCAGCGGAGACACCUACUUCAAUGACCUUGUCUGAUUUCAUGGGAUGGAACUUGGAGCAAGGAGAUUCGGAGGUGAAGGACUCGAAGGGAGAUGAUUUGCUACUAAAAGAUCCCGACGGAAAGCAUAAAUAUGCAAACAUAGUGGCCGGCAAAAAGGUUUCCUACAUAGAGAAACUGGAGCACUCAGGCGGGUUGAGAAGCCCGACAGCGCGGGAUUAGUGAGCACCAUACAUACUAUAUAUGUAGCAUGAGAGGAAGUUAGGAGAAACCAACAACUUGGGUUGGAAGCAAACAGAGAGAGAGGAAACAACAUGCGUAAAAGAGUCACGGGAAAAGCCCGGCACAUCAAAUUGCUAAUAUCCACACCGGUUCCUGGUUCCUUCCUUUUUGAGUUGUGCUUACUCAUGUACAAUCUUUUUCAUAUGUACAUAUAGGGGAAGGCAUCAUGGGAUAUGGUUUGUCUGUGUAAGCAUUGAUUUUGUAUUUGUAAUGCCAUUGAGUUCUAACAUAGUCCGAUCUCUCCUGAUAUUUCAUUCCGAGUUUCCAACAGAAGAGACAAUUUUUUUUGCGAUGAAUAAA